GAAGCAGUCGUUUUGUGAACAGGCGGAGCAAGAUACGAGAUUUAGAUACGAACACUGGAUUGAUCACAGCGUAUCUCCACCUCAACUCUAAACCUAAUUUCCACGUCCAGCAGAAUUAAAAUUCUCCUCGAUCAGGUGAAUCGAGACACGACAGCUGAGGAUUCUGACACACAAGAGUCAUUGUGGCCCAAUGCAGACAGUGAGGCAGAGGGGGAUUGAAUGGCACUGAAGACUCGAGGCUGUAGGCUACCUGGAGCACUGCAAUGACCAGUCAGCGCGGCGGCCAUGCAGAGAGAUCAGGUCCCACGCCCCCGCGGCCGCCCACCGCGCCCAAGCUGCAGGUCCAGCGCUCGCUGUCCCGGGAGACCAUCACCAUCCACUUCUCCGCCCUCGGGAAGGAGGAAGAGGAGGAGGAAGAGGAGCUGUACGGAGCGGCCAUCUCCACGUCCUCUGCCGCCACGCAGGACUACGACGACCAAAGUAUUGUAACGGCUCUGGAAGCCAGCGAGGACCUCCUGUUCGAGGGAGGCGGGCUGGACCCCGCGGGGGCCGCGCCCUCGUCUGACGUGGCGGUGCUCCCGGUGUCCUCCACCACCCUACCCGCCAUUUCGGGCUCCCAGCAUAUGGGUCACACCACCCCCAGCCCUGCCCUGUCCAUCCUGUCAUCCUCUCUGUACAGUGCCAGCAGCUCCGCCCCAGCCAGCUCAUCCUGGCCUUCGGGUCAGAAGGCCCAGGCCCCUCCCGCUGCCCCAUCCUCCGUCUCCUCCAGCUCCUCUCCCUCGAAGUCCGUGGCCCUGCCCUCCAGCGAUAAGCCCUUCCUGACCCUGGUGAAGUCCCUGUCCACGGACGUGGAGCCUCGGGAAGGUGUGUCCGUGCCCCCCUCCGUGCGCCACCGGCACCUGAUGAAGACUCUGGUGAAGUCGCUGUCCACCGACACACCGGACCCCGCGCCCUCCCGGCUGUCCGACUCGCGCCUCAACCUGCAGCUGUUCAAGCAGUUCACCCAGCCCCGCGUCACUGUGGCCGGGGACUCCAAGACCGCGCCCUCCUCCCCGCUCACCUCCCCGGACAACCGCUCCUUCUUCAAGGUGUCGGAGGUGGAGGCGCGGAUCGAGGACACCAAGCGGCGGCUGUCGGAGGUCAUCUACGAGCCCCUGCAGCUGCUCAGCAAGAUCAUGGGGGAGGAGAGCGGCCUUGGUGCGGGCGGCUACCGGCCCAAGGCCCUGUCCUCCAGCGCCUCGGAGCUCUCCAGCCUGGCCGCCCUCAACGGCCUGGAGAGCAACAACAACUACAGCAUCCAGGAGGAGGAGUGCGACUCGGACGGGGAGAGCCUGCUGGGCAGCGCCCCCGACGGCCCCGAGUGGUCCCCCCUCCCCGCCCCGGUCCCCGCCCCGGCCCCGGUCGAGCCCCGGAGCCCCUGGCACCCCGCUUUGGCUCUGGAGACCUGCUCCAUGUCGGCGCUGGCCCGGCAGGAGGACGAGGAGUUCUGCGAGCUGUACAGCGAGGACUUCGAGAUCUGCACCGACACGGAGACGGAGGGGACCAGGGGGCAGGACGCGGCGGGGGGCGGCGGGGCCAGCUUCCCCCCCAGCGGGAGCACGGAGGCCGGGAGCGAGGACGAGACGGAGGAGGACGAGGAGGAGGAGGACGAGGAGUCCAGCGUCCCGCACAAGACCCUGUUCGCCCUGACCAUGCUGGUGUACGGGUACCUGGUCCUGCCCCUGCCCACCUACCUGGGCGGGGUGCUGCUGGGGGUGGCCAUGGGGUUCAUGCUGGCCAUCGGGGUGGUGUGGCUGGCCGCCCCCAGGCGCUCCAGGCUGAGCAGGCGCAGGUACGAGCUGUGGAACGUGGCCCAUUUGGACAUCAAGGAGCCGGGCAUGUUUAAGGGCUGGAUGAACGAGAUCCUGAACUACGACCCGGAAACGUACCACGCCACGCUGACUCACUCGGUCUUUGUGCGUCUGGACGGGUCCACUCUGCGCCUGUCCAAGCCCAGCCGCAACAUCGCCCGACGGGCCACCUUCAACGAGCCCAAACCGGACGUCACCUACAUCAGCCAGAAGAUCUACGACCUGACCGACAGCAAGAUAUACCUGGUGCCUGAGAGCUUGGCGAGGAAGCGAGUGUGGAACAAAAAGUACCCAAUCUGCAUCGAGCUGGGCAAGCAGGAGGACUUCAUGUCCAAGGCCCAGGCGGCGGACAGGCCCGAGGUGGCCGAGGAGAAGCCUGGAGGAGCGGAGAGGCCGGAGGCGGCCGGGGGCAGCGAGGAGGCCAAGAGGCCCCCCGUGGCGCAGGACGGGGCUCGCGCGUCCGCCCCCCGGGACCACACCCUCUUCCUGUUUGGCAGGACGGGCCGGGAGAAGGAGGAGUGGUUCCGCAGGAUGCUUGUGGCGUCUCGGCUCAAAUCCGAGACCAAAAGGCCCUCCAGCCUUCCUGGGAGUAUGAGUGCGGUCCUGCCCGCGCACAGUCGUAGCAGCAGCCGGGGCAGUCUGGACGAGGCCCUGCCCAUGUCUCAGCCGCGGCAGAAGGAGCUCACUGGCAGCGUGAAGCAGAAGAUGCUGCUGGACUACAGCGUCUACAUGGCCAAAUACGUGCCUCCCCACCCCGCCAGCCCCGCCCACAGCCCCGUCCACAGCCCCGCCAGCAGCCCCGGAGCCGGGAAAAAGUUGCCUAGCGUGCCAGGAGUGGAGGAGGAGUCCGUGGCCUGGGUCAACGCUUUAGUGGGCCGGAUCUUCUGGGACUUCUUGGGGGAGAAGUACUGGGCCGACAUGGUGUCUAAGAAGAUCCAGAUGAAGCUCAGCAAGAUCAGGCUGCCAUACUUUAUGAAUGAGCUGACCCUGACUGAGCUGGACAUGGGUGUGGCCAUUCCCAAGAUCCUGCACGCAUCCAAGCCGUCUGUGGACCACCAAGGGCUCUGGUUUGAUCUGGAGAUUUCCUAUACCGGAUCUUUCCUCAUGACCCUCGAGACGAAGAUGAACCUGGCAAGACUUGGCAAGGAGGGGGAGGGGCUCCGGUUUGGUGAGCCAGGCAAGGACGGGUACAGACCACGGACGUACUGCCUGGCCGACAGCGACGAAGAGUCAUCCAGCGCCGGGUCAUCCGAUGAGGAGGACCCCCCAGAUGUGGCCCCGGACAAGAACAUCCUGCCAGGGGCCGAGGGCUAUGUCGGGGGACACAAGCCCAGCAAGAUCAUGCGCUUUGUGGACAAGAUCACCAAGUCCAAGUACUUCCAGAAGGCCACGGAGACAGAGUUCAUCAAGAAGAAGAUGGAGGAGGUGUCCAACACCCCCCUGCUGCUGACCGUGGAGGUGCAGGAGUGCCAGGGGACGCUGGCCGUCAACAUCCCCCCUCCCCCAACCGACAGGAUAUGGUAUGGUUUCAGGAGCCCCCCACACCUGGAGCUCAAGGCCCGCCCCAAGUUGGGCGAAAGGGAGGUUACCCUGGCGCACGUGACGGACUGGAUCGAGAAGAAACUGGACCAAGAGUUUCAGAAAAUCUUCGUCAUGCCAAACAUGGACGACGUGUGGCUCCACAUCAUGCACUCAGCGAUGGAUGGCCGCUCCGGACUCAGCUCGGCCCCUGUGACCGCGGAGGCCACCAAGGACCCCUCGGAGGCCGACGACCCGCCCGCAGGUGGCAUGUGAGGACUGGCUGUUUACAGUGUUAGACCCCUGGGCGGAGGGCCCCUCCUGGGGGAGGGACCGGCCUGUUCCCCCCCCCCAAAAAACCGCCAGUGCCACAUUCCCGCAAGCGCGUCUCUGUGCGGGACUGGAGAACGCUCAUCUCCGACCUCUCCCCUGGCCCCUCUCGCACCCCCUCCAGAGGAACAAGACCAAGUGUGUCUGAACUGUGAAGUGUAAAAAAAACAAAAAAACUAACAAACAAACAACUUGCUUGCUGCUUGGUUUGCUUUGACUGGAGUAGGAACGGCGCUGAAAAGUUGUUGUUUUGGGGCUAAGUGGGGGGAUAGGCGACAGAGGGGGUGUCUGCCGAACACCUCAUUUAUGCAUUCACCUGUCACCUUACCUCUUCUACGAAGUUGAAGAGGAACGCGAGUGCUUAUUCUUUCAGAGUGCUUAUUCUUUGAAGAUGGACGGAAAAAUAUAACAUGGGGUCAGCUGUGAACUUGUACAGGAGAGGAUGAUGAGGUCUUUGGUGUGGGCGGACUCGUAUUCAAGUCAAAUAACCUGUUCAGCUGCACAGCCAAGCCGGGACUACCGUGAACUGUGAUGUACAGAUGCCGCACCAGACGUCUUAGAUGAAUACCACUGGGUGCGCUAACAGAAUCUCCUCUGCAUUUCUUGUGCCUGAGCGUUUAGCACUCGAUACUUUAAAACUAAGGAUACACACUCAUACAUUCAAGUCUGGUAGCGGAUGUGCAGGAGGUUUAUAGUUACUGAUGACAACAGUGUCUGUGUGUGUGUGUGUGUGUGUGUGCGUG